CCCCUCGGGAGGCGUUGCAAUCCCCACACAGACAGUCCUCCUCCUCUCUCUGGUCUCUUCUUCCUCCCCUCGCCAUGCAGCCUUUCAGUUUCGUUUCUGGCCAGUAGCAGCAACACUAGCCGCCCAAAGAGGAGGAAAGCGAGGCUGCUCUGAGGGAAGACAAAGCAGGGGCUCUGCGGAGGAGGAGGGUCCUGGGAUGGCCAGCCACCUCCGCCAGGCCUUGGCCACCAAGCUCUUGAGGGAGUUAUGCGCCUCGGGCGGCUCCCUAAGCGAAGGGGAGCUCUGCCGCCGCCAAGGCCUCCAGGACAAGCCGGAGUUGCUGGCCCAGCUCCUCCAGGACGGGAGCAAGUUCACCCGGGUGACCCGAGAGGAGGCCGGGGGCGAGGAGGCCCCGGGGAGCGUGGUGGUGGUGGUGGCCACCAGCAAGGCCCGGCUCUGCCGGGAGCAUGGCGGAGGGAAGAAGUGCGCUGGAGGCUGCCGGCAGCUCCAUCUCUGCCGCUACUUCGUCUAUGGAGGAUGCCGCCAUGAAGGGACCAGGAAGCAAUGCAAGUUCAUCCAUGAUUUUCAUUCACCCCAUAACCUCGCAGUCCUAAAAGAGCAUGAGCUGGAAAACCUAAGCUCUGAUGAAUUAUGUCAGCUGCUGCUUCAGAAUGAUCCUUCACUCUUGCCUGAGAUAUGUACAUACUAUAAUAAAGGGGAUGGACCUCAUGGAUCUUGUAACUUUAAGAAGAUCUGUGUCAAACUCCAUAUAUGCCAGUACUACCUCCAGGGAGAAUGCAGAUUCGGGAGCAACUGCAAGCGCUCACAUGAUGUUUUUAAUCCAGAUUGUUAUGAGAAGCUGGAGAAAUGGGGAAUGAGCCAAACUCUAAUCAGUAGAAUUCCCUUGAUCUACAGGAAUGUAUUUGACAUCAAAAAUAGUACACCAUCACCUCACAGAGAAAAAAGAGAGAGCAGUGCACAGGUUCCAUCAGCCACAAACAGCAUUGAAGAAUCAGAUAUGAUUUGCUUAUACCACAUUAGGAAAAGUUGUAGCUUUCAAGAUAAAUGCAUUCGAGUUCAUUUCCAUUUGCCAUAUAAAUGGCAAACUUUUGAUGGAGCCCAGUGGAAAGAUCUAGACAACAUGGAGAAAAUUGAACAGUCCUACUGUGAUCCAUUUUAUGAAAGAUUUACCUGCAACAGUGCUGGGAAAGACUCCAAGUCUCUAGUCAUUGAUUUCUCCAGUAUGACAUGUGGCAGUGCCAAACUUAGACGCCUCUCAACUGCAUCCUCUGUGACUAAAGCUCCACAUUAUAUUCUCACAACUGAUUGGAUCUGGUAUUGGAAAGAUGAAUAUGACAUCUGGAAUGAAUAUGGAAUACAAGAUGCUGACCAUGCUGCUGCUACAGUGUCCAGCUAUGACUUGGAGAAAGCCUAUCAGUCUGAAGCAUCACCAACACUCAAGUUCACAGCUGGAAGACAUGAGUAUGUGAUUGACUUCAAAGCUAUGAAACAGAAAAAUGUGCGCUAUCACACAGAACGAAGUAUUCGUAGGCGGCCCAAAUUCAUGUCUCUAAAAGAAGUAGAACAGAAGAAGAAGAAAACUGGUGGAACUGAGCAGUUGAAAGGAAGCACAAUAAUUCCAGCACACUGGGACCAGUCGGCUUUACCAGAAUUGGGAUAUUCGCUGAUCACCCUACUCCCAUCUUCCAGUGAGUAUAAAAAGAUUCAGGUUAAUUUUCAGCGCACAAUGCCCAAAGCAACAGUAAUUCAGAUCAAAAGAAUCCAGAACCGGUCUCUCUGGGAAGUAUAUCAAUGGCAAAAGGAGCAAAUGAAGAAGGCAAAUGAGGGAAAGACUGUGGAUGAAAGGCAGUUGUUUCACGGGACCAACAAGAGCCAUGUUGAUGCCAUCUGCCAGCAGAACUUUGACUGGAGGAUCUGUGGUGUUCAUGGUACAGCCUAUGGCAAAGGAAGUUACUUUGCACGGGAUGCUUCAUAUUCUGAUAACUACAGCAGAAGUGAUUCUAUCAUCAAGACAAUGUUUUUGGCCAGAGUUUUGGUGGGAGACUUUACCUAUGGCUUGUCUUCUUAUCUCCGGCCACCUCCCAAAGAGAACCAGAACACUCUUUUCUACAACAGUUGUGUGAAUGAUCUCUUGAAUCCAUCCAUCUUUGUCAUUUUUGAGAAACACCAGAUUUAUCCUGAAUAUGUGAUAGAAUACAGACCGUAGAUCAAUUUUAGCAAUGGCGCACACACUGUUGCUCCUCCCUCUCUCUCUGCCUCAUAACCUACAUUCUGAAAGACUAGAUGAAAAAGAGUCUUUUUUUAUGUUAGGGCUGCAGCAGUUCAUGGGUUGCUUUUAAAAAUAUAUAUUUUGAUUUAUUAGUACCCCGUUGAAUUGGGCAGCAUGUAGAUGUGUAUUGGUGGUUUUAAAAAUACUCUUUUUUAAAUUCAAGAAUUUAACAAAUCUGUGGAUGAUAAGUGCCUUCUUAGAAGAAGAUUGAAUCUUUUGUUGCAGGAGUAGAUGACCUCCCCCUUUUUUUUGAGAUGGUACCUCCUGUCAUAAUAUUCAUGUAUCAUCUUAAAACCUACACAAACCCUGUUUUUUUCAUGUUUGUUUUAUUCAGAAGCAGGUUUAAUUGAUUGUAGAAGUAUUGUUGAACAUCUUAUAUGUUGCCUUUAAAAAGCCACUGCAUACAUUACAUGAAUUCCAAAUGGCCUUAUGCAAUGAGACUCAUUGAAAAGGUGGCACAAGGGAACACUCUUUCUGAUAAUCUCUAGCAUGCUUUUAAAAAUGUAUUUUCUUGAAGUAGAUCAUAAUAUUUUAGAAUUUAAAUUUCAUUCAUGUGAACCAGACAUUUCCAGUAUUUUUGAGCUGGCUUGCUGUAAAUUCUUUCUCCAGAAGUUGCUCCCAUUUUCUUAAAACAAAACAAAAAACCCUUCAGGCAUACAAGGUCAAAGUGCAGUAUGAUGCUACAUGUUGCUUGAUGACCACAUUUGCACCUUGAAGCCUGGAAUGAGCAGUCCAUCUGGGGCCAAAGUUAAUAUCAUUCCUAAGAGAGAUCACACAGUGUGACUGAAUCAGUAACUUUGGGGUUCUAGGGGAUAACUGCUAUUUUCCUUUAGGCAGACAGCUGCCUCUGGUGAUUCUUUUAUGGUUUUCCUUCCAUUAUUUUACUUUUGACUGCUGCUCCUUCUUCUCUGACCCACUGAGGUGUACUCAGUUCAUUUCUUGAUCCUGGGUUUUCCCCUGUGCCUUCAGUUGCUUUAUUAACAGGGUGCAUUUUAAAAUUCUGGAUUUACGAGAGUCAAACUCAUGCUGGAAAUGUUUAAAACUCUCAGUAUCUGUGUACAUGUGCCGUCAUCAAAAGUGUGUUGCUCUGAAUAUCCCGGAUAUUGCUGCACACUUACAGUUUGGUGGGUAUAUAGCUGGCUCCCUAGGUGACUUUGUGGAGCCCAACUGGUAAGGCUUUUAAAAAUGUUUAUCUUUUAAUGCAGUGGGUUCUGUACUGGCUGGGUCCUGUACUGAUGUUUCUGACUUUUCUGUGAACUCUGCAACUGAAUUCUGUCUAGCUGUUGCUGUAAAAAGCCUUUUAGAAUUGUCAUGUUCAAGUGGAUACUUUCUUGGUGUCACCUAGUUGAUCUUUUUCUUAUAAUGUAUCUGGCUUGCCCAGUAAGUGCAAAUUAAAGGAUAGACUUUACAAAGAU